CGCUCGGAGGCUGCCGCGAUGCUCCCCUCCUUGCAGGAAUCGCUGGAUGGGGAUGAAAAGGAGCUAGAGAGCAGCGAGGAGGGUGGCUCCGCCGAAGAGCGGAGAUUCGAGCCGCCGCCCAGCAGCCACUACUGCCUCUACGGCUACCGCGGAAGCAGAUUGGCAGCGCAGCGAGGGGACAGUGAUGAUGGAAGCCCAAGUGGCACAAAUGCAGAAUCUCCCUCUGGUGAUGAUUUCAGGGCUGUCUUUCAUUUGUCAAGCCUCUCCUUGGUGGAUACUAAUCUACCAUCUGAAGUGGAGCCAGAGCUGCGCAGUUUCAUUGCUAAGCGUCUUUCUAAGGGAGCAGUCUUUGAAGGGCUGGGUAAUGUUGCAUCUGUGGAGCUGAGAAUUCCAGGUUACCGGGUUGGUUGUUACUACUGCCUUUUCCAACAAGAAAAACUACUUCCUGAAAUAGCAACAAUGGACUCUGAACGUAACCCUUCAGAGUAUGUGGUCUGUUUUUUAGGAGGGUCUGAAAAAGGACUUGAGCUUUUCAGGCUUGAAUUGGACAAGUACAUUCAAGGGCUGAAAAAUAACAUGAGCUGUGAGGAAAGCGGCCUGGAGAACCAUAUAAAAUCCUACCUGAGCAGCUGGUUUGAGGAUGUUGUAUGCCCAAUCCAGAGGGUGGUUCUUCUCUUUCAGGAGAAGCUUACCUUUUUGCUACAUGCCGCUCUGAGUUAUACCCCUGUUGAGGUUAAAGAAUCAGAUGAAAAAACAAAGAGGGACAUUAACAGAAUGAAUUUGCUUUCUCCCUCCCAUCCUGCAAUAUUGUUUGUGGAAAAGGACUGUAUGUAUGGCAGGUUUCUGAAUGUGGCCAGUCUUCAGGGCCUUAUUCAUGAAGGCACCAUGACAUCUUUGUGCAUGGCCAUGACGGAGGAACAGCAUAAGUCUGUGGUCAUUGAUUGCAGUAGCUCCCAGCCUCAGUUCUACAAUGCAGGAAGCAACCGCUUUUGUGAGGAGUGGAUGCAGGCUUUUCUAAAUGGCACUGAAGGAGGUAACCCUUUUCUUUUUCGACAAGUACUGGAGAACUUUAAACUCAAGGCCAUACAAGACACAAAUAAUUUGAAGAGAUUUAUCCGACAGGCAGAAAUGAAUCAUUAUGCAUUGUUUAAAUGUUACAUGUUCCUAAAGAACUGUGGUAGUGGAGAUAUCCUUUUGAAAAUUGUUAAAGUGGAACACGAAGAAAUGCCUGAAGCCAAAAAUGUGGUAGCUGUCCUCGAAGAAUUUAUGAAAGAAGCUCCUGCCCAAAGCUUUUGAUCAUGUUUUGAGAUAACUGUAUUGUGAAGUUGUAUAUUGUAGCGUUGAUGUUUGAAAUUACAGUUGUAAAUAGGAUUGCUGUUUGAUUAUUUGAAAUGCAUUCCAGAUUUUUUCCAUUUUGUACUUUUAAAAUGUAACUUAAUUAGACAUGAAAAUCUGAGGAAUGUCUUCAUUGAAUCCUAGAUAGAAGUGUGUUAAGAGUUGUGGAAUUUUAGUACAUUGCUGGUCCCAUAAAUUCUAGACUUCAGGGAGUUGUUGCUUAAAAAACUUCAGAGGUGAUUUUGUGGCUUCUCUCAGGAGUUUGCUGUAUUAUUUAGCAACCUUUGCUCUCAGAAAAAUCAUAAAACUUCUUUCUCAAAAUGUACUCCUAGUCUUAGGACGGGUUAGCACCAAAGACAGAUCUGUGCAUCCUGUAGGUACUUGAUAGAUUUUUGUCUGAUUGGUAAUGGUAUGGAUGAUGAAGCCAGCUUUGAAGUCAAUAUGCAAAUAAAUCAUGAGUGUGUAAGAAAUUAAAGGAGCUUUAAAAAUAGAGGCACUAGCUUCAAGAUAAAACAUUAUCUCUGAUGGAAAGCUACUGGAGAGGUGGCCCCCAUCACUUUUCUUCAUUUGUUCACAGGUAUUAGCCAAGAGCUUGUAUUUUCUUUUUACUUUUAUAUGAAAAUGCUGGAGUUUUUAAACAGAGUGUUAAAAAAGAAACAAAGUACAUAUAUUUUACAAGCAAACUAUAACAUAAAGAACACAGAGAGUCUUCAUAUCAGAGUUACUCAUUGAUUUUAGUUUUUUGUACUUUAUUUUCAAGCCUCAUUGUUUUACUCUGACUCAGUUGAAAGUGCCCUCAGCUAGAGCCAUUUAUAAUUCUCAUGAAAGCCAGUUGUAGCUACACACACGAUUGUUCUGCAUAGCUCUUUAAUAAAUCCAUCUGAUAAUGAUUUUUGUUUAGAUGAUCGGAAGUCUUAUGUUCUCGCUGCCCUCAGGAUGCUCAGAGGAACACAGGUUCAUAAAAACCCUCUCCUAAACUCAUAUAAAUUCACAUUAAGUGCUGAGUUUUAACUUUCAAAAUGAUUGACAUUGGCCUGCUUUGUCUUCUACAGAAGUCGAGGGACAUGACUCACCCAGCCAUUUCUUUUCCUUUAAUGAGAAAUACAAUUCAGGAUCUUCAUAAAGGCUUUCACAUGGUUUUAAACUUUAAUAACUUGGAUUGUAGGCAGUGCAGAAAAAAAUCCAAGUAGCAUUUUUAUAGCAUUACAUUCAGAAUGACUAUGGGAAGUGAGCAAUUUUAUGGCACUUCCCUUGAAUCCAGCUUUUUCUAAUGUACUUGGUUGCCCACUUGGAAAUUAAAUUUUUAAUAAACAUUAGGAAAUCAACAUUUUGAGUCUGAAAAACGUAUUUUUUGAAUGACAAAUUCACAUGUCAUUCAAGAGUCCAUGCUGUAAAUGGCAUUUAAAAGCAAAUGUAUUACCUGCUUCAAGCCAUUUAUGAAUAGUCAAGGUAUAAUUAUAUAUUCUUUUUUUUUUAAUGUUUUAUUGAUUUUUUUAGAGA